GAGGGGGCGAGGGCGGGCUCCGAGGAAGGAGGACGAAGGAGAAGAUGGCGGCCGGCUCGCCUCAGGCCUGGUCUGUGUUCGUGAGGCGGGAAGGAAGGCGGCGGAGGGAAGAGGACGGAGAGGCCGAGAGAGAGAGAGAGGGAAAUGAAGACCCUAUGAAGUCACCACGGGCAUAAAAAGAAAAUAUCAAUAUCUAGUGGAGAUUGAGGAAUUUGGAAACCAAAGGGCAAUAAUGAAAGAAAUCCUGUGGGAAGAAGAAAUCCUCUCUAGGUGCCAAUCUUGUGGAACUCAAUUUUGAUCAGAAAGAAAAAGGGAACACUCACGUGUGCAUAUCACAAAACUGUCGACAUGGAGGAGAAACCCUAUACAUGCCUUGAGUGUGGAAAGAGCUUCAGUUGGAGGAGCAGGCUGCUACUGCAUGAAAGGACUCACACUGGGGAGAAACCUUUUAAAUGCCCGGAGUGUGAAAAGAGCUUCACUCAUAGUUCAGGCCUAUAUUCACAUCUAAGGACUCACACUGGGGAGAAACCUUUUAAAUGCCCGGAGUGUGGACAGAGCUUCACUGGGAGUUCAGGUCUACGUUCACAUCUAAGGACUCACUCUGGGGAGAAACCUUUUAAAUGCCCGGAGUGUGGACAGAGCUUCACUGAGAGUUCAGUUCUACGUUCACAUCAAAGGACUCACACUGGGGAGAAACCUUUUAAAUGCCCGGAGUGUGGACAGAGCUUUGCUCAUAAUGGAAGUCUACAUUCACAUCAAAGAACUCACACUGGGGAGAAACCCUAUAACUGCCUGGAGUGUGGACAGAGCUUUACUCAAAAGGGACACUUAGAUUCACAUCAAAGGACUCACACUGGGGAGAAACCCUAUAACUGCCUGGAGUGUGGACAGAGCUUUGCUUUUAGUUCAAAUCUACGUUCACAUCAAAGAACUCACACUGGGGAGAAACCAUAUAAAUGCCUGGAGUGUGGACAGAGCUUUGUUUGUAGUUCAGGACUACGUUCACAUCAAAGAACUCAUACUGGGGAGGAACCCUAUAACUGCCUGGAGUGUGGACAGAGCUUCACUCGGAAGGGAAGCUUACAUAGACAUCAAAGGAGUCACACUGGGGAGAAACCCUAUAAAUGCCUGGAGUGUGGACAAAGCUAUACUUGUAGUUCAGGAUUACGUUCACAUCAAUGGACUCACACUGGGGAGAAACCAUAUAAAUGCCUGGAGUGUGGACAGAGCUUUGCUCGUAGUUCAGAUCUACGUUCACAUCACAGGACUCACACUGGGGAGAAACCCUAUAACUGUCUGGAGUGUGGACAGAGCUUCGCUCGUAGGGGACAUCUAGUUUCACAUGAAAGGACUCACACUGGGGAGAAACCCUUUAAAUGCCUGGAGUGUGAACAGAGCUUCACUCAUCGUUCAGGCCUACGUAGACAUCAAAGGAUUCACACUGGGGAGAAACCCUAUGCAUGCCUGGAGUGUGGACAGAGCUUCACUCAUAGUUCAGGCCUACGUAGACAUCAAAGGAUUCACACUGGGGAGAAACUCUAUACAUGCCUGGAGUGUGGACAGAGCUUUCCUCAUAGGGGAAGUCUAGUUUCACAUCAAAGGACUCACACUGGGGAGAAACCCUAUACAUGCCUGGAGUGUGGACAGAACUUCACUCAUAGUUCAGGCCUUCGUUCACAUUGUCAGGGUAUUGUGAAUUGUGUGAAAUGUUGAAAUCAAUCUAGGCUGUUAGAAAUGCCUUCUGUGUUGGUUUCGGCAAGGCAUUUCCGUAACUAUGGAGUUAAUAAGAACCUGCUUUGAUUGAUGUAUCACAGGACCAAUGGGGUCAAGUUUGUUUGACCGGAACUUUCUUCAUGGUCUGUGGAAUGCAGGGGGAGUGUCGUCUGAGUGUGUGUUCAGCGUGAGCUUUCACUGAAGAUGGACGCUGUAGCCGAGGAGACACAAGCCAUGUGUCCGGGACUUAAUGUAAAUAACUGCAACUGUAAAUAGUUAUGUAAAUAAAGUUAAACAACAGUUGGAUUUCAACUGACCCUUCGACUGCCUGAGAUUGAGCAUGUUUUGAAACCAUGCCGUAAGAACAGAAGGAACCGAAAGAAGGACUAAACUUUAGGCCAGGGGUCCUCAAACUUUUGAAGUGGAGGGCCGGUUGACGGUCCUUCAGACUAUUGGGGGGGGGGGGUGGACUAUGAUGAAAUAGUCCAAAAUUAGGAUUGUUGUUGUGUGCCUUCAAGUCAUUUCAGACUUAGGACAACCCUAAGUCUAAAGUUCAGGACAGGGGCCAGGUCAAUGACCUUGGGGGCCGCAUCUGGCCCACGGGCCUUCGUUUGGGGACCCCUGCUUUAGACUAUCAAAUGCAGGGGCCUCAAAGAUCCAGCACGCUUUCCGGAACCGCCGAGACCACGUCUGUCGGGAGAACGUGAUCACCUCUUCCGAGCAGGGCCUGUGCGUGAGAAUAUGGAUGUAUGGGUCUGCGUGUGGGUGAGAGCUCUCUCGGGAUGUGAUUUUGAUAUGAUUGUGAUGUGAUUAUCAAUAAAUGUUACAAUGAAAGUGUUAAAACCAAA